UGGCCAUAUUCAAAAAUACAUAUUGUGUUCAAUUUGUUUAGUGCUGUUUAGUGCUGCUGCCUGCUAGUUUGGUGUGUCAGUGAACAACACGUGCGUGAUUUUUGGAUUUUUGUAAGAAUGUCGUCUGGACACAAUAGUAAGGAACCUCCAGCAGAUUUCUUAAAUCUGCUUUAUGCAGACGAAAAGGAGGAGUAUCAGAGUGACGAGGGCAAUAGUGACGUGGAGGAUGACUAUGAAGGGAGCCGGUCGCCGACGCCAGUCGCUCCUCUUAAUUCGCCACUUACCUCGCCAAAACGCGAGAGUAUAGAAGGGAGGAGUGACUUAAGAGCGAGGUCGAGGUCCCCAAUUUGGCUACAGCCAUCUGAAUCAGCACCAAGAGUGGUGGUACAAAUUUACGACGAAGAUGGCACGCCAUUGGAAGCCGAAGACACAUUUUUGACCGCUGACGCCCACACUAUUUUUGUUUCCCCAAAUUUGAGUGAAAGAGGAAGGAGUGGACGAAGGAGUAGACGAAGGGUUGGAGGGCGAGGCGAUCGGGGUGGACGAGUAAGGAGUGUACGUGUGUUCGGGCAAGGCCGUAGGGGUCCUCGGUGGGAGGUGGGACACCCAUUGAAUGAAAUUUGGGUGACAGAUGACGAUGUGCCUGAUGAAUUGAGAAAUAUGGUGAUGGAUGUUAUAAAUAGCAGAAUGCAAGGUCGCGAUAGAAACAGGCCUGAAAGAGGAACGGAAAGCGAGAAUGAAGAUGUUUAUGAGUUUUUCGAUGCAGAUGAAUGUGGAGAUUUUGAAUGGGCUUCUAUGGAGUCAUUUCAGGGGAAGGAGGAAACGUUUUUACCAGCAGUUACUGGUUCAACUCGGGUAUAUAAUUCGGCCUAUGAUGCUUUUCGUUCAUAUUGGGACGAUGACAUCUUAGGUCUGAUUGUGUCUGAGACGAACCAGUACGCUUCUCAAAUCGCGUCUUCCUCUUUCCAGUCUGAAUGGUACGCUACCAACAUCCACGAAAUUUUGUGUCUUUUUUCUUUCUGGAUGAUGCUGGGCAUCAUAAAAAUGCCAACCAUCACCAGUUGUUUUUCAACCCACCCUCUCCUAAUGACCGAAGUCUUCCAACGAAUUUUCAUUCGAAAGAGGUAUGAAAAUUUGUCGAGAGCCCUCCAUUUUAUAGAUACCGACCCCGCUAAUCUCUCAAAUAAUACUGCUAAAACCUCAGAUCGUCUAUACCGAUUAAGACCGAUCAUAUCACAUCUGAACGCGAAAUUUCAGUCUAAUUAUGUAUUAGACAAAGAUAUUUGUAUAGACGAGAGCUUAACGCUUUGGAAGGGGAGAUUAGAUAUAAAACAGUACAUUAAGACAAAAGCUUCGAAGUUUGGAAUCAAAACUUUCGAAUUGUGUGAGAGUGUCACUGGCUACCUUUGGUCGUUUAUUGUUUACACGGGUAAACAAUCCUCAGCGGAUUUAGAACAAGCACAUGGUGUGCCUAAAAGUACAGCUGUCGUAAAAAAGCUAAUGGCACCUUUGCUUAACAAAGGAUAUCGAUUAUUUAUGGAUAAUUGGUAUAAUUCACCUCUUUUAGCCAGAUUUCUUAAACGUAACGGCACCGACUGCAUCGGUACUUUAAGACCAUCCCUCCGAGAUGUUCCCGUUCUAAUAAAUAAGGCUCCGCUAAAAAGGGGAGAGAUUAUUGCUAGACAUUCCGGCGAUGUCUCAGUGUUAUCAUGGCAAGACAAAAAACGUGUAACCAUGAUUUCUACUUGUCAUGGUUCAUAUACUGCCUUGCCUAGAGUUCCAUCUAAACAUAUGUCUCGUCCAGUACCAUUCAAACCACAAGUGGUACUGGACUAUAAUAAAUUCAUGGGGGGAGUGGAUCUCAAAGAUCAAAUGCUAGAGCCUUAUUUAUUGGAACGGAAACGUUGUCAAAAAUGGUACAUGAAACUAUUUAAACGGUUGGUCAAUGUUUCCAUCCUUAAUUCACGUAUUCUUCUUCAGUCAUCCACUAAUAAAGUUCAUGAUCAUUUAGUUUUCCGCCUUCAACUUGUAGACUCUAUCCUCGCAAAGCAUCUUUCUCAUUGUCCUCAAGGUCGCAGUCGUACUGUAUCUAGCAAUAGAUCUCAGCACCAAGAACUUGGGAGAUUAAUACCUGGUGCACAUUGGCCCACUUUGCUGACAACACCACAAACCGGUGGUAAUUCGGCAGAAAACCGCACUUUUCGAAAACGGUGUGUUGUUUGCCUUCGGGAAGGGAGGAAAACAAUAAAAACCACCUUUUCUUGUGAAACUUGCGGUGUCCCACUGUGCAUACAAAAUUGCUUCAAAUCGUAUCACAUAUCAUAAUCAUACUUUUCUUUUUCUACUUCUUUCCAUCCAAUUAUUCAUAAAUAAUCGAAAUGUUUGAGGUUUGUUUGUUUGUGUUCGCGAUUAUCUUUGAUACUACUGAAUGGAUUUUCAGGUUUACCCGUGUGAAUAAUCUUUGAAACUACUGAAUGGAUUUUCAGGUUUAGCCGUGUGAAUAAUCUUUGAAACUACUGGAUGGAUAUUCAGGUUUAGCCGUGUGAAUAAUCUUUGAAACUACUGAAUGGAUUUUCAAGUUUAUCCGUUUGAAUAAUCUUUGAAACUACUGAAUGGAUUUUCAGGUUUACCAGUGAGAAUAAUCUUUGAAACUACUGAAUGGAUUUUCAGGUCUACCCGUGUGAAGCCGGGGGGGGGGGGGGGGGGGUGAAUAUAAUAAAUAUUUUGCAAUAGGCACAAAAUUUCAUUUUGGUUUCACGGUAGCUAUUUGAAAGGUAUUUAUGAGAGAAGUGAAAGAUUUGGAUGUGCUGAGUGUUUGGUGUGUGGGCGUUGGUUUAGUGGCUUCGUACUUCGUAGUAGAAGUACAAAUUAUUUCAUAGAUUUGUGUCAUAUUCAAUGAUUCCGUUGAAAUACAUUGAUGAUAAUUAGAAUUUUAUGGAAAUUCCACCGAUUAGGAAAUACAAAUAUUCCAGCAAUAUAUUUAUUUCAAACCUCCUGCUAUUUUUGAAGAGAAUUAAAAUACACAUUAUGUUUUUGUUUUUGUAAUAGAAUCCAUAAAAAUAGGAAACUUGUUUGAGGUUUUCGGACUACCUUCUUUCUUCUCCGUGAUUGAGUUGAACGCAAUUGUGACGAUGAUGAUGAUGUGUUCAUCACCAUUGUUUAUAUUUUUCGAUUAUAACCAAUGUUUAUAUUUUUCGUGCAAAUAAAGCAAUUGUAACUUA